UAACAAGCCCUGUAGUAAUUAUACUUUAGUAAAUGAACUUUAUGCAAAUAAUAUUAUUGACGAAAAGGAAAUACUAGAUAUAAUUAAAAUUUCUGAUGCUGAUUACGAAGUAGACUUGAAUGAUGAUAUGGCUAAUAUUAAAAUUAAUCAGAUCCUUCUACUCGAUAAUAAUAUUAGUCAUCUUGUAUCUUCUUCUAUAAGCUCUGUGUUUUCAUCUAGAAGCUUUGUGUCUUUGCUCAGAAGCCUUGUAUCUUCUCUCAGAAACUUUGUUUCUUCAUCUAGAAGUCCAGUGCUAUUACAUAAUAAUAAUAGUAGUUAUUUGGUACUUAUUCCUAUAUCUUCAUUCAACAACUGUGAUUUUGUGUCUUCACUUAAUAACUAUAGUUUGAUAUCUUCACCUAAUACCUAUGAUCUGGUAUCUUUACCUAAUAAUUGUGGUCUAGUAUUUUCACCUAAAAAUUCAGUACUUUUAU